CACUGACCUACAGACAGAAAGCAAUAAAAAAAAUGUAUCAGAAUCAUUCCAUAUCAUUAUGAACAGUUACUUGUAUAAUGCCUGCUUAUUAUUACCAAUGAUUGAAUUAUUUGUCCAUAUUUUCUAUCUAUUUUACAAAUAUUGCAUUAUGAUAAAAGUGUGGAACUGCCUGUCGUCUUAUCUCAGUCCACUACUAAUAGUAUUCUCACAGAGAAGUGACUUUAGUCAAGUUAGUAAUUAAGUGAAAUUAAACCAAAGUUCAGCCAUAAAAGUCACAUCGAGCAGGAACCUUUCACUUUAUUGGAUUUAACUACAGGAUACUCAGUCACUCUGACAGGACAGUGAACACAAAAAGUCUGACCCUUUAGAAAAAGACAGGCUGAAAAUAAAGAUUAAGCAGGAAAGAGUGGGAUGAAGGAAAUGGCAGAAUCAACAUCGUCACAACCAAGAAAAAGCAUUGCUCGUGACUCCAGCAGUCUCCUGUCUGAAAAGCAGCUGAUGUGUUUGAGCUGUCAGGAUGUGUUCACUGAUCCAGUCACCACUCCAUGUGGACACAACUUCUGCAAGAGCUGCCUUACACAGCGCUGGGAGAAGAGUCAACACUGUCACUGUCCAUUAUGUAAAGAGAAAUUCACCAAGAGACCUCAACUGAAGAUUAAUACAAUACUGAAAGAGAUGGCAAAUUCCUUCAAGAAGAAAAGUGGUCAUAACAAACCUGAGGUUCUUUGUAAUGUCUGCACUAGAGAGAAGCUGAAGGCCCUGAAAUCCUGUCUGAAUUGUCAUUCAAGUUUGUGUGAAACUCAUUUAGAGGCUCAUGAUCAUUUCCCAGGCUUUAAAAAGCACAAACUAAUAAACCCUGUGGAGAACGUGGAGGACUACACAUGCCAGAAACAUGAUAGACCUCUGGAGUUGUUCUGUAGAGAUGAUCAGAUAUGUGUUUGUCAGUUCUGCAAUGAAGGAGAUCACAAGAAUCACAACACUGUUCCUGUAGAGGUGGAGAGCAGAGAGAGGAAGACUCGGCUGGGGAAAACACAGACAGAUGUGCAGCAGAUGAUUCAGGACCGAAUGAAGAAGAUCCAAGAAAUCACACACUCAGUAAAGCUCAGCAAGAGAAGCACAGAGAAAGAGAAAGCAGACAGUGUUGAAGUCUUCACUGCUCUGAUUCGCUCCAUUGAGAGAAGUCAGGCUGAGCUGCUCGAGGUGAUGGAGGAGAAGCAGAAAGCAGCAGAGAGGCAGGCUGAAGGACUCAUUAAAGAGCUGGAGCAGGAAAUCACUGUGCUAAAGAGGAGAGACACUGAGCUGGAGCAGCUCUCACACACUGAGGAGCAUCUCCACCUCCUACAGAUUUACUCCUCCAUGUGCAGCCCUCCACACACCAAGAACUGGACUGAGAUCAGUAUUAACACUGAUCUGAGUGGGGACACUGUGCCAGCUCUGUCUCAGCUUCAGCAGACUCUGAAUGAGAAACUCACUAAAACACUCAAUGACAAGUUAAAGGAAACAGUUUCCAGAGAACUGAAGAGGAUUCAGCAGUAUGCAGUGGAUGUGACUCUGGAUCGUCAUACCACUUAUCCCAAUCUCAUCCUCUCUGCUGAUGGAAAACGAGUGACACUUGGAGACAAACGACAGAAACUCCCUGAUACACCAGAAAGGUUCAAUAAAUGUCCUAAUGUUCUGGGAAAGGAGAGUUUCUCCUCAGGGAGAUUUUAUUAUGAGGUGCAGGUCAGAGGGAAAACUGAGUGGACAUUAGGAGUCGCAACAGAGUCCAUUAACAGGAAGGGGAAGAUUACACUGAAACCUCAAAAUGGAUUCUGGACUGUGGGGCUAUGGAAUGAGAAUGAGUAUAAAGCUUGUGCUGAAGUCCCUAUCCCCCUUACAAUGACAGAGAAGGUGGAGAAGGUGGGGGUGUUUGUGGAUUAUGGGGAGGGUCUGGUCUCCUUUUAUGAUGUGAAGGCCAGCUCUUAUAUCUACUCUUUCACUGCUCAGUCUUUCACUGAAAAACUCUAUCCAUACUUCAGUCCUGGUUUAAAUGAAGGAGGUAAAAAUUCAGCACCACUGAUCAUCUCUCCUGUAUUUAAUAAUUGAAUAUGUAGAGCCCUUUUCACUAAAAUGUAUAAAUUUCUAAGAAUGUGAAACAAAAUUCAAACUGAUACUCGCUAAUAAUGUGAACUGUUGCUUCUUGGUAGUUCAUUUUAAUUGUCUUAUUCUAAAGUGUUUAAAGUGCUUAUUUCUAUUUAAUACUUGCAGUUAGAUGUGUUGAGAUUAAUCCAAAUUGUGUAUAUUCCCCAACGGGGAAAGUGUACUGUUUAACCUCUGGCUAAAAGAUUGAGUUUUUCUCCGAAGACUGUCAGAUGAUUGGGUCGCAGAUGUUCGGCGGGAUGGAGGGCUGGGAUUUGGACUACUUCACGUGAUUCUUUGUAAUCGUGUUUGAGUUCUUUGUGGAUGGACAUCAGGGACAUUCAGAUGUGUACUUCUUUUCCCCUUAAGAUUAUGAACAUGGCUGUUCAUCUCUUCACCUUACCAGGAGUUUGUGAGUAUACAUAAAUUGUUGAAUAGACAUGAGCUCCAAUGAUGCGUGGCAAUGAAGGACUUCCCAGCUGGGUGUUUGUUAUUGUUUUUUUGUUUUCUAUUCUGUUCAAAUUGAGGGGUUAAGUUGCUUGUUGAACUUGAUUCAGUGCCCAAAACCUACAAGAGGCAAAAAGAGAGAAAGAGGAGAUUCAAAGUUUAGUAAACAGCACUGAUUUGUUCUAAUUUCACUUUUGUGUGUGUUCUCGGUGAGCAGAGAUUGUUGACUUUACCUAUUUUUGAAUUAUUGACUAUUGUUUGAUUGAUACAUGGAUACUCUUGAAAUAGCAAAUUUUUGAGUAAUUGGUAAAUUUUAGAAAUACAUAUUCCCUUUUAAAAUGCUGUGCAGUUUAUUUUAGUACCUGGGGUUUGUUGUGCAUAAACAAAUACGUUUAAUCAUACAGUCUAUUUUUUACACAUUAAGCUUGUGGAGCAUUGUCAUUACACUCAAAUAUCAGUAAAGAUUAUUUACAGUUCACACUGGUUUUGACUGCAGAAAACAAUACAAAAGCUCCAAAAAAACUCUUAAUCACCAGUAAAAUAAUUGGUCCUGUGUGUGAUACACUUUUUAGACUAUUAGCUCAGAGGUGUGGAGCUUGAAUGGUAAAUGUUUCAGUUAUGACAUUUCAUUUUGCUGCACGCAACUGUUUAAUGACUGCUGUCAAAAGCCAUUUGUAGCUGGUGGGGGUGUGGUUUAGUGGGAGUCUGCAACCGGAGUAUGGGGGAAUGAGCAAAUUAACAUGGCACACCUAAUUCUUAUUUGUGAACAGUUAUUUAACACCGUUUUCUUUUACCCUCUCUCAGUGAGUGGGGCCAAGGUGUGUAUGUGUGUAUGUGUCAUGUGAGAUGAAUGGAACUGAACUGAACCAAGCCGCUGGAAAGCUGCAGAGUUUCUGUUACAUUUCAUUUUAUUUUGCCUUUUUGAUUUCGAUAAUAAGAAAUUCUCACCAGUCAUCUCACCAUGAAUCAGGUGAGUUCUUGAAUUGCAUUGUGCCACACUGGUGCCGAAACCCAGGAAAAUACAGCUUCAAGAAAGGACUUCCUGUGGACAUGGAUUCCAGUCCUCCUGCCCAGCCUCUCCAGUCACUUGUGCAGAUGCAGGCCUAACAGCAUCAGGCACUCGUGAAUCUGCAGCAGCAAGAAAUCCUGACUAAAGUGGUGGACGGGCAAGCUGCAGACCGAGCCGCCAUCCAGAGCCUGCUGACCUCCUCCUCUUCCUUCCUCAUGAGCCCCUUCCUUAAGGAGCCCCUCCUUCUAUCUGGCCAGGAUGACACCCCAGGAUGAUGCCGAAGCAUACCUGGAGAUGUUUGAGGGUACCGCCUCAGCAUGUGGUUGGCUGAGAGGAGAGUGGUGUCUGCGCAUUCAGACUCUCCUGAUGAGAGAAGCCCAGCUGGUGGCCCGUAGUCUGCCACCAGAGUGCCAGGUGGACUACAUGGCUGCAAGGAAAGCCAUACUCGAGGGGGUGGACUGUCACCAGAAGAACACCAUCGGUGCUUCCGAUCCAUGCCAUUAGAGGAGGGGGAUCAGCUGUUCACCUAUUCCCAGCAACUUCUGGAUUCCUGCAAGCGUGUGCUGUGACUGGACCCUGCCCAACCAGAGAAGGUCAUUGAGCGGGUGCCACCAACUGACAAUUCUGGCUGAAGCCGUCGAACUGAUGGAGGGUCAUAUCUCCGCAUGCGCAGGGGACUCAGGGUCCCAGUGUGCCCUCCUGCCUGUCUACAGAACUCCUCCUACCCCAGUGCCACAGAAGAAGAGACUGCUACUGCCUGCAACUCCCUGGAGUUCAGCAGCCCUGCCUCCCAGACAUACUCCUCCCUCACGAGUGCUGGUAGAGGAGGCAGAAGGGUGCAAUGACAGCAGCCGUGGUGAGCAGGGGCAGCCUGUGAUGAGCGCAAACUAACCCAAAUUACUUCCCACCCCAAAUAACAUUAUUUUUUAUUUUUUGCUUCUCCCCUGGGUGCCACAGAGUCCCAGAGAGCUCGAACGGGGACUGGGCUGGGAUGUUGGGGCUGUGGAAAUGAUGGAUGUGAGUCAGGUGCUCAGGAUCUCCAUGGUUCCAUGGCUCUUCCCCAAUCCAGAGCCAACAUACAGAGUGCCGGUUAGUACUCAGUGGGGUAGACAUCAGGCCUUGGUGGACUCUCGCAGACCUUAAUCCACCAAAGCCUGAUUCAAGACGAGGCUUUGGAGAGCAGUUAUUCGCAACUUUUCCCACCCAAUAAUUUUGGGCACAGCGAUUAGGAAAUUAGCACUCCUGGGUACAUUGUGUGACAAUUACCAGGCAGGAGCAAGCAGCAAGACGGUGGGCCCAUCUGAGGGGUUGGACUCCCCUCCUCGAGCCUCCAGAAGAUUUCCUGUGUCAUGGCAAAUACUGCCAAUCAGAAUAAGAAAAAUAAGUUACAAAGUCAAGGGGUUCUAGAUGCCAAAAAUCUAUAGACUUUAUUGAACCAAACAACAAAGCUGAGAUGGUCUGCAGAGCAUCUGAUUUACAUAGUCGUGGCCCAUGCUUUUACACAAUUCUAAAACAAUAAUCUCAUUGGAUGGAGUUUUCUCUUUUUUCUUUUAAUCAUACAUCUGUCUCUCGUCACAAUUAUUUCACUGUCCCCUUAUUUUAGUUUUAACCGCGGCAAGAGUUCAGUCAGUUUAUGUUUCCAAAACAACAUUAGCCUUCACCUUAAAAAAACUCCAUCUUCAAGGUCACACCAGUCGGUUCUCACAGAAACAUACCUGCAGGACCACAGGCCUAGAGUCACUCUUCUAAAUGUACUAGAAAUGGUACAGUGUAGUAUAUAAAUGAAGCUCUAAAAGUUAAUACAUGAGGUGAUUUAAGGUAACUUUUCAAUACUGUUGCAUAGAUACUGAUUGAUAUAAUACUGAUUAACAAAUGAUAUUGAUAUAGAUAACAGGAAAUUCCUCCAUACCUGCUAGAACAGUCACAUGAUGAUGCAUUAAAGCAGUGACUUACCUUUUCAGACUUUGCUAUUAUUAGAGAUUGUUUAUACCAAGUGAGCCAGAACACCCAAACAGGCGAAACAAUGACCCAUUUGUUGGUACAGAUAAGCCACAGGGAAAUGCUUUUCCAAAACACUAGCUCAGUUAAUAGCUUGCUUUUAUUGGCCAGGCAUCCACAGUGAUGUAUGCAGGUGGUGUGCCUCUUGCAAGGAAUGUCAGCUGACUGAUCUAAUGGCCAUUCCAAACAUACCAUUGUGCCCUCUCUCUCUUAUCAAGAUCCACUUUGCAUUUUGGCAUGGAUCUCUUUGGGCCAUUAAACUGGUUAGCAAGGGGACAUCUCUUUGUAUUAGUUCUGGUGGAUUAUGCAAUGCAAUAUCUCGAAGCAGUGCCUCUGAGAAUGAUCUCCACCCAAAGAGUAUAGCAGAGGCAAUGUUUUGAGUAAUCUCCUGAGUUGGGAUCCUGAAAGAGAUACUGACUGACCAAGGCACAUAAUUUACGUCACGAACACCACACAAACAUUGUGAAUUAUUGGAGAUUAAAGUGAUCUGCACCAGCACCUAUCAUCCUCAAACUGAUGGGUUAGUGGACUGCUUUAAUCAAACACUUAAGAACAUAAUUCGUAAGUUUGUGAACAAAGAUGACUGAAAUUGGGACAGAUGGUUGGAAGCCCUAUUAUUUGCAGUCUGGGAAAUUCCCCAGGCCUCCACGGGGUCUUCCCCAUUUGAGCUAUUAUACAGGCAGAAGCCUUGUGUAGUGCUGGACAUAAUUAAAGAAAACUGGAAAGAUGGCCCAGUGCCCUGUAAAAAUGAGUUUCAGUACAUCUUGGUCCUGCGAGCAAAACUCAUACAUUAGGUCACUUAUCAUGGGGAAAUUUGCUCCAGGCUCAGGAGAGGCAACAACUCUAUAAUAGCCACUCUCAACUGAGACAAUUUGCACUAGCAGAUAAAGUCCUCAUAUUACUUCCCAUCUCCAGCUUGAAAUUACUGUCGUUGUGCGCAGCCAUCCAUAUUGCUUACCUGAAAAAAAGUGGUUCAGGACAAAUUGGGCUGGGGGCUGUUCUGUCCCAGGUAGUGGAGGGGGAGAACUGACCAGUGCUGUAGAUCAGCCGAAAACUCUCAAUUCGGGAGUCAAAGUGCAGCACAGUAGAGUGGCAGGCUACCAAAUGGGCAAUCCUCACACUCUGAUAUUACUUAUUGGGGUGCCCUUUCAUGCUCUGUUCGGACCACAGCCCCCCUGCAGUGGCUCCACCUCAUGAAGGAUGCCAAAACUUGAAUCACUCAUUGGUAUCUGGCAUUACAGCUCAUUAACUUUACUGUGGUCCAGAGGCUUGGGGUGCAGAUGGUAGUGGAGGACUUUCUCUCCCGGCAGGGGAGGGAGUCAGUUGCAGGCCGAAUGGCUCCCUGACCUGUGUCGUGCAGUGUGGGUACUGUGUGGUUUAGCUGGAGUCUGCAACAGGUGUGUGGUGGAAUGAUCAAAUUAACCCCUGGCACCCCUGAUUCUUAUUUGUGAAUUCAACAUGCUGGCUUCUCUCUCUCUGUCCCUGUCUCUCUCUCUCUCAGUGAGUGGGGCAAAGGUGCAUGUGUGUAUAUGUGUGUUGUGUGAGCUGAACCGAACAGUGUCAGGAAUGGAGAUGGAGGUGGAUGCAAGUACAGAUAAUUAAUUAUGUGAAGUGCAAACAAAACAAACGAAAAUGUGAAAACAAGAACCAUAAACAUGAACUGUGGAUAUGAGGCAAGAUGCAUAAAGACAAUAAGCGAUACUGUGGCACACAUGAAAACAAUUACAAAAAAAGCUUGACAGUGAGACACUUUAAAACUAGAACUAAAAUAGUGGUGAUAACAAGGCAUAACGAGGCACAGAUGAGAGUGAUUAGUGAGAAAUGUGGCAUGCAGGGGCUGAUGGCUAUUGUAAUUCUGCACCCCUUUGGCGAUACCAUGACAAAUAGAGCCAAGUUGCUGGAAAUCUGCUGAGUUUCCUUUACAUUUCAUUUUGUUUUGCCUUUUUGAAACCAUGCAGGGGACAGAUAAUAAUAAAUGCAUAAAUGAGUGAAUAAAUGAGUUCUUGAGUUGCAUUGUGUCACAACAUCCUGAGGAGAUUACACUGAUUAGUGCUUUCAGUAAGAUAUAUAGCUUUAAUACAUUAACUUUUGUGAACUUUACAGGACCAGUCACCUUGACAGUAUAGCGUAGGAUGUGUAAAUAAAACACGACACAUAAUUUGGCAUGGUGGUUAUGUUUGCAUAUCUGCUAGAGAAAAAAACAACUUUACUGUAUUGUUAUUUCAUGUGCAGUUUGAAUGACACUAUCAAUACACACAAGCAGGGGUGUAGUUAGAGGGUGGAUUUGGGUUUGAAUUCCCUGAAAUUUUUUCCAGUUUCAAAUGUUUAUUCCUGUAUGAUUAACACAACAGUCAUCAUUAUGUUUCCUCCAGAUGUAUGUCACAGGUAGUAUUCAUAGUAUUCACUACACUAUCCAGCAGACAUUAACAUUAAGACAAAGUUAAUACGGUCAUAAUUCUGUUCAAUAUGCAAAGCCAUAUUUCAAUUUGUUCAAUAUUUUGUUUAAUGUACAAAGUAAUUUCGUUUUAACAUUAAUUGUGUUUGAAAGAGGUGGAAAUGGAAAGGGGAAAUCGUCAAUUAAUUAACUGUUUCAUUUUGUCGUGCUUAUUACAAGGAAACCCGAAUAGGCGGUGAUCGGCAAAAGAGACCUGAUCCGUUACUCUGGGAUCGACCACUUAUGUCUCGACUCACUUUCUCAGACGAGAUCGCGAGAGUUUCCUCACAUGAGUAAAUGUUCUCACUGAGGAAACAUCACAGCAUCACUCGCGAUUAUUUCUCCCUGUUUUUCUCAGGGCGUGACAUGUACACGUCCCUUAGUUUAUUUUCACAUUUUAUUGGCUACCAGUUACUGUGGUGCACUCUAAAACCAGGGAUAUCGAGGUGACAGCCUGUGAAGUGCUAGAUUACUGCAUAAGUACUGGUUUAUUCCAGGAGGAUAAAAAGAUAAAAAGAAAGGUAGAUCUGAUGUUUUAAGAUAAACUGUCAUGUUUUUCCUAUUGCUAACAUGUUAUUUGAAUUAUUUCAGAGGAACUGUCAUAAAAGUAUUUUAUGGGAAAUUUAGUGUUAGAUAUGGCAGGAUUGACCAUGCUCAGGAUGGAAAAUAAUUGAGUAAUUGUGCUUUGUUACUAUGCUUAUUUGUACUUUGUUAUUAUACUUGAUUGAACUUUGUUACUAUACUUAAGUAUUAUUUUGCCAUAUUACAGUUUAUUUGAGUAUUAUUGAAAUUGAAUAUUUGUUCUCUUACUUAAUUACAUGUCCAAGAAAAAAAAAAACAACACUUUUUUUUCUCAAAGGUCUCUUCUCUCAUCCUGCCAAUGACUAUAUGCUAUAUAUAAGGUAAUGGGCUCAUUUAAGUAUCCAUUCAUUUCAGUUUCUAGUCAUUUUCAUUUGAAUAGAAAAAAAAAUAUCAAGAAUAUAUAAGAUAUCCAUGAGCGUUUGAAUAUGGAUAAUCCACCAGACAAUGUGAAACUUUGAGUGCCUCUGACUCUACCUCACUAAAAUGUUCCAAUAUGCUGGGAUAACCAAGAGUUGUAUAAAAUGAGGCAGCUUCUUUGCCUCCCUAGAACGCAUGAACUUAAUCUAAUAUCAAAAAAGUAUGUUGAAGUAAGGUUCGAUAAUUUGCUAACAUUAACUGGCUAUUUUUAACUAAGUUAGCAUGUUUCUUUGCUGGUUAGGCUGCCAUAAUAAUAGGCUCGGUAGCAAGUCAAAUUCUAGCUAAUGGCAAAUACUGCACACUUAUAGAGACUGAAUGAUAUUUUCAGGCAAAACAGUGUAGUUGCUUUAAAACAGUUUUAGAUAAGUAAUAAAAUGUAUACUUUUACAUAAAUAUAAUCUCUCUGUACUUUGUCCAUCCCUGAUCAUGUCUUAAAUGAGUAAAAAAAAACAUCAGUGGCAUCACUGCUCCUGCUACAGUCUGAUCGCAGGGCACAGCCCAUCGCAGGGCACAACUGUGCACAUACUCACACUAUAGACAAUUUGGAAAUACCAGUCAGCCUACAAUGCACGUGUUUGGACGGGGGGGGGGAGCUGGAGUACCCGGAGGAAAAGCACAGGGAAAACAUGCAAGCAUCACACACACAGGGUGGAGGAGCGAUUCGAGCCCCAAGGCCCGGGGGUACAAGGCAGCGAUGUUAGCCGCUAAGCCACCAUGUCCCCCCGUAUAUAACAGAAAUGUUUUGAGUAAAGUGAGCAGUAUUUUCUUUUUACUCUCCAUACUGUCAGUGUAUUUUUAAUAUGUAAUAACUAUAAAAGUCUUGUAUUCCUCAGUCACAUAUUUAUUAAUGAGUGUUCAUGAAUUCACCUUCUUGUGUGGAGUUUGGCCUCCGGGAUGUAAAAUGUCCAAUUUCACUGUUCAUCAAUAACAUGUAACAUGCUAACGUACUUUAAACCUCACAAUCUGUUCUUAAUUAAAGUAGUUAUUCUAUAUGGCCAAAAGUAUGUGGACACCUGACCAGUCACAUCCAUAUGUGCUUGUGGAGACAUUCCAGAUUUAGUCCUCUUUGAUUUUUUUUUUGUUUUGUUUGUUUUUUAAAUAACCUUCACUCUUCUGGAAAGGCAUUCCACUAGAUUUUGGAGUGAGACUGUGGGGAUUUGUGAUCAUUCAGCCACAAAAAGCAUUAGUGAGAUCAGGGACUGAUGUUGGUGAGGAGACCUGGGGUGUAGUUGGCUUUCCAGUUAAUCCCAAAGGUGUUCAGUGGGGCUAAGGUCAGGGCUCUGUGCAGGACACUCAAAUUCUUCCACACCACCACCGACAAACCAUGUUUUUAUAAACCUUGCUUUGUGCACAGGGGCAUUGUCAUGCUGGAACAGGUUUGGGCCCCCUUAGUUCCAGUGAAGGGAAAUUGUAAUGCUACAGUAUACAAAGACAUUCUAGACAAUUAUGUGUUUUCAACUUUGUGGCAACAGUUUGGGGAAGAACUACAUAUUGGUGUGAAGGUCAGAUGUCCACAUACUUUUGAUCAUGUAUAUUUUUUGCAAAAUUACUAUAUUGCCUUUCAUGACCAUUAUAUUUAUUUGAAUGCUUUCAACUCAAAAACUCCCCAUCUGUUUGGCUUAAAGAGGAUACAGGGCACAGACAUGGGCCUUAUAAUUAUUGGCAGAGGGACGGUCAUGUGAUAGUAACUGCCCACUUGCAGCAGGGAGGAUGCAAUUUUUUUUUUUGUUUGUUUGUUUGUUUUUAAACUAAAUAAUAUAAUAAUGUAAUGUAAAUAAUGUAAUUAUUUCAGGGUACUCAUAAGGUACAUGAAUGCCUUUUGGCCAUCAGAGAAAAGCUUCAUUCAUUUGAAGAUGGCAUAAAGCUUUUCAAAAAUUGCUCUUGCAAGUGAUGCACAAUUACUAUGACACGGUAAGUAUAGUGUGAUGAUAAACUAAUAUAAUAUAUUAUGAACUGUGAAUUGUCUGUGCAAUUUUUGAGCAGAUUGAAGCUAUACAGACUAAACUGUGUUAAUACAUGGAACCACCCCAUCUCAAGUGAACAUGUGCCAUUGCCCUUGUAAACUGAAAGCGAAAAGCAGUUAACUCCCAUCGAGCAGAAACUCUACUUUUUUAUAAUAAAUACUAAACUUAUUUAACUGCAUGAUUCACUGACUCUCAAAAUUAGUGCUGGCUUCUUCUAAAAAAAAAAAAAAAAAAGGCUUCUUCUGGAAAGGACUUUAAAUGCAGACAUUUUUGACUCCCUGAAAAGGGGCAAGUAAAAUAAAGGUAUGUACUUCAGUGAAUGUUUUAUAGUUCAGAGGUUUUUUUUCAGUGUGUAAUUUAUCAGGAUAAACUGCACACGUUAACAAUGUCAGACAGAGACUCUAACACAUUGCUUGAAAAUUGAUAAUGGAAUACAAGGUGAUUAUUAAAAAACUGUAAUGAUCAGUGACCAAUGAGACAGGCAAGCUGAAAAACAGGGUCAAAGGUUGCUCUGUUUUAUUAACUGCUUAAAAGUGUUCAACUGAUUCAAGCAUGACUACUUAAAUAUAAGUUAAAAUACAAUUAUACUUAAUGCAUGCUGACCAAAUUUGCCCAAUGUGUGAGAUAAUCUGAAUUAAACAGAUUGUCAUUGCUUAGAUUUUACACUGCAGACAGGCAUGCUGAGUCCAACACACUAAUCAGUAACACCUCAUACUGUUACAUGUGUGUACUUUCUUAUUGAAAAGGUUUUAAAAAAGUACAGAAGAAAGUAAAUGGCUGAAUCUUUAUCAACAACAAAAGCCAGAAGAAGGAACAGCAUGGAAGAACCACAUUCAUGUAAGUUAUACAGCUUAUGCAUGAGUUUUUGUGCAUUUAUUAUUAUACAUAAAUAAAAUAUUACUACAACACUGUUAAAUUCUUGAUUCUGAUUGGUCAGAAUGUGUUGAUUAAAUUUCUGUAAUGACGUGACUCUGACAGUAGUGCUGGCUUCAGGUUAAAUCACAGGAUUAUGUUAAUGCACUAGUUAGUUAGUUGCUGUUUCUAUAGUAAUGACUAAUUCAUAAGGGCUUGUGCAUUAGGAUUUGCUAUCACUUAAUGAAGGAGUGUCACAAUUCUGAAAUACUGACUGACAAUUAAUUGUUAUAUAAUAACUAACUUGUCUUUUCAGUUGACCACUCUUAUAAUAUAAGAAUAACACUUGUGUAAUAAUGCACAAACAUCUUUAGAAGAACAGCCAUAUAUAGAUAUUUAUUGUGUAACUAUACAUAGGUUUUUUCCCCCAGAUUUAAUAUAUAAUGUGUUUAUUCAAUAAUUCCAUAUUUAUUACUAUAUACACAUACACACACACACACAUACAUAUAUACAUGUAUGUAUAUAUGUAAAAUAUCUAAUAUAGUAUAUAGUAAUAAAUAACAAUAUAUUAUAAAUAAUACCUAACUUCAAUUGU